UAAUAAAAUAUUAUGGAUGUCAGUUAAAAGCGCUCUUUUACAAUAAUCAUAUUUUCGUUUGCAGAUUCCCUAUCGGCAUGAUGAACAAUGCAGUUGUUUUAACUCUUCUUUGUUUAUCAAGAACAGUCUUUUGUUGGAUUGGGCACGUAGAGAAUACGUCAAAGCUAAUAACAAGAUACAUAGAACAUUGCGGCAGUGAAUCCGUCUGCUCUGUGACGGAUGAAUAUAACGUUUCUUCAAAGGAAACUCUAACCCCUAGGGGCUGUCCCGCCUGUUCGUGUACUGAUGAAUGUGACGAAAAUGACAUAUGUUGUCCAGAUAUAUCUGUCAGUACCUGUGUUCAAACCAAGUACCAUGUAAAUUAUGGAAAAUUCAUUGGAGAAAAACGAUUCAAAAUGGUCACUUCAUGUCCACAAAUGAAGAAUUCUUCGAUGGCGGACAGCUGCAUUGUGCAUAUUGAUCAUACAAACUUUUUGCAUCAAUCACCAGUUUUUUCAAUUAAAACAAACAAGACUUAUAUUAAUAUUCAGUGUUCUAAAUGCCACGGAGAAAAUCAAAUCAUUCCAUGGGUCUAUUAUUUUUCAUGCAAUAACAUAGGGUUUGAUCCGGAUAGUUAUUCUAACACUGCCAUGUUGUGGAUGGGUAUCAAUCAAUAUGAUUGUUCAAUUGAUUAUACACCCCCCAGAAACAGCACACCAGCUCCCUGUGUAACACGCUCUCUGGUUGGAGAGUGUAACACUACAGGAUAUUGGGAUGAGUACGAUAAAGAUAUAGAAUUUGCUUGUAAAAAUUACUGGAAUCAAUAUGGGGUUUUCCAAAAUGUAUUCUGCUUUCUUUGCAACAUAGGAGCAAAGCAAAGAAACGAAUUUCCUGCAAUAGAGAACUAUGAUGAUAAUAAAAGUUUAAAUCACUGCAGACAUAGUGAACUUAAAAAGAACUGCACCCUGGCAUGCGAAGAGUGCUUCCACAACACAACUCCAGCAGACGAUGGCGUAUUAACGUUCACUGAUGCAUGGCUAGCAGUAUCAGAGGAAUAUGAUCAAACAAGAAAUAUAUAUCUCGCUGAUAUUACAGUUCUGUCAUGUGAUGUAACUUCUAUCGUGGAAAAUAUGCUAUUGAUGCAAAAUCCGACCAAGGAUGUAACAGUUUUAAAUGAUGGUGUCAAUUUGACCUCAUUGUACGAGGAAUAUGUCAGGUCUGGUGGUUAUCAGAACUGGUGCCAUCGUGAUCAUCAAGUAGAUAAAGUACAUCCUGGAUUCAGAGCCAGACGACAUUGUUUAUGUGGUGAAGACUGUUACAGGGUUGCUUCUUGUUGUCCUGAUGCAGCUUAUCAUCAACACAGAAGGUGCACUCCAGCAUUUCUCGGUCAGGGUCCUAACACUGAACGUAUUGGACAUUCUUACUAUAUGAUCAGUAAAUGUCCAAUUUCUAGCAAAAAUACUUAUCUGAAAGAUAGAUGCGAAACGUUGGUAGAUUAUGAUUUAUUCAACAUACCAGUAAUCAAUGUGCAGACAAAGGAAACGUAUAAAAAUGUCUAUUGUGCUGUUUGUCACAACCAGAACGACACGACGAGUCAGAAGUUUCACGACUUCAAACUUUGGAAUGUGAGUUUAGUUUGUCCCCGUCUCCUAUUCCCGUUGUUCAUGUCAUCAAUGGAGGCAAUACUGCGAUCUGCAGAAAAAAAUAACUGUUCGAUUUAUUUUACGUCGACAAAUAUUGUAGAGACUUGUACUUUGGACAAUGAUGUGGCUAUAAACAAAUGCAAUGUCACUGGUAUGGCCAUGUCUGUAAGUGAAAGUGCUCGAAGGAUGUGUGAAGAACCAACGAUGAAUAUAAUGGCUAAAUCUCGUAACUAUAUUUACAAGAACCAAAUUUGUGAUAUGUGCAACAGUGCAAUUUAUGAAGAUCCUAUUUCAAAAUGUUAUUUACAGAACAAUUUGAAAAGGAAUAGCAACCCUACAUUUCUAUAUUACUGUGAACAUGGCGAUGAUGAUAUACAGUAUUAUCCCUUCAGAAAUAUAUUUUGCAAGCAGUGUAAUCUUGUUUCGGUCGCAACUCAAGACUCGGAAUUAACCUACAGGGAAAUAUUUGCUUUUGUAUAUAUACCAAAUAAAGUGCUUGAGAAGUCGUCGGAACAGUGUGUUGAGGGAUACUUCAAAGACGUAUAUGAGAACAAAUGCAGGGAAUUAUUUUGCUCAAGAGGAAAGAUUCUGAAAAAUAAUUCGUGUCAUUAUCUGGUACCGAAUGCUCAAAAGGCUCAGUAUAAUGUUGCAUGGAGAGUAUCGAUAUCCUCAAAUUCCAAAAUUUAUACUGUGUUUUUAACACUAGAAUAUCUCCAAAAAUUCAUUCAACACGAAAUACACGAAGGAGAACUUCAGUUUGAUGAACAAUAUGUCUAUUCAGACAAAUCUUGCGAGUUUUUAAAGCUUUUAAAACCAAACGCAACGUUAGAUGAUGCCAUAAUAUAUCUCCGCAUCACUAUCACGAACACGCGUUAUCCAUUCCACAGGAUGAGUUUAGAAUCGCAUCUUUUAAACUUUACUCGUCUUUCAAUCAACUUUGAAAACGUUUCUCUUCAUUUCAAAGAGAGUUUAGAAGCAUGGUUCCUCCCAAUCCUUGUUCGACAACAAGCAUCGGAUUCUUCAGGUUGCCACAUCAAAAUUAAAAACAUAUUUGAUACCGCAGUCUUUGCGCCAGAUGUCAAUACUUUACUGACCUGCACACAGAUAGAAUUAUCAUCGAAUGAAUAUGUCUACAACGAGGAUUACAGUAGCAUUUACGUAGCAAGAAUUAACAAAAACUUCAAAAUUAAUGAAUUUUUGAAAAGUAAAAAUGGGAGUGUUCGAAUUUGUUCGAAUUCCUACCAGUUAGUCCAACACUCUGAAUUCAAUUCAGUACCAAACACAUCUUUUACAACUGUUUUAAUGGUGUUGACAUACAUCAGUACCAUAUUUUCACUUCUCUCAUUGCUCUUAACAUUCUUGAUUUAUUGCAUUUUAUCCAUCUUGAGGACAAUUCCGGGUAAAAACAUCAUGUGUUUCGUGUUUUCUCUUUUCUUUGCUCAGUUGUUUUUUCUAAUACGAACUCGAAUCGAUGACAAAACUUUUUGUACUUGGGUAGGUGGUCUUACUCAUUAUUUCUGGCUAUCCGUAUUUACCUGUACAAACAUCUGUUGUUUUCAUAUGUUUAGAUCAUUUGUUAGAAAUUCCCUGGUUUAUGGAGAUAAGUCAUCUGACAGGAAACUAUUUAUAAGAUAUAUCCUCGUAGCUUUCUCCCUACCUGUUCUCCCCAUUGUCAUAAACUUAAUUCUUGAAUCCUUCAUAGACUCUGACAGUUUCGGUUAUGGCGGAUCCAAAUGUUUCCUUGUCAGUUCAUUGGCUUUGCUUCUUUUGUUCAUUCUUCCGCUUAUUCUUCAGAUUGUCUUUAACAUAGUAAUGUUUUCGUUCACUUAUCAUAAUAUUCGCACCACACCAAGAGUACAAAGUUCUCGGGAAAGGAACGAAUUUUCUAUUUUCUUAAAACUGUUUUUGUUGACUGGAAUAUCCUGGAUUUUAAUGAUUGUGGAUGGAUUUUUUGAGGUUUCCCCUUUUACCUAUCUAGCAACGAUUAUUAAUGGGUCCCAAGGCAUAUUUCUGUUCAUUUCUUAUGUUUGUAAUAAGAAAGUAUUCAUCAUGCUGAAAAACAGAUUAUGUAAUGGUCCACGGGAAAAUGUUUCAACUAACACCAAAAUGACUUUUUUAUAAAGUAUGAUUAGCAGUUACAUUACUCUAGUUUGAACAAUCAAGAACGAGGUGACUCGCAUUUGAAAUCUGAUCAUUUUUCUCAUACUCCGUUAUGUAGGUUGCGUUCUCAUCUUAUCAAUCAUUAUUAGUUUCUCAUCACAUUUUUAAUCACACUCGAGAUAAAAAAAAUUUUAAAUAUUGCUUUGAUGAUAUGCAUACAAGGAUUGGGAAUUAUAUUUUACACACACACAUAUAUUAAAAUUGGAGAAAAAGUCCAUGGUAUAGAGGUAAUAAGUAGAAAAAAUAUAUAUCCAACGAUGACUAAGGACUAAGUGUAGAUGAUCCACAUUUUAUUAUUCGCUGUGUAAUUCGGCGGUAACGUGCUGGCCCAUAAUAAUUCAAGUAAGUAAGUAUUUUUUAUUUAAAGUCGGAACUAUAUACAGGUAAACAAUAAACAUGAGCUAAGAGCUCUUUAACCGACUAUAAAGCAUAAAACACAAAGCACUAAUGAUAUAUAAUUGCAUGCAUAGACAUAAAAACAGAAAUUUGAAAUAAAACAGGACACAUACAUGUAUACAGACAUCACAAGUCAUGCAUAUAUAUACACAGGGACUAGCUAUAUUAAGAUGCACAGCACUGAAAAAAGUUUGCAACACAAACAUAAAAAUAUGGAUAUAUACAUAGACUAAAUAAAUAUGCAUACCUAAGAGACAGAGCAGAGUAAAAAUAAUACAGUUAAAUUUGUACAUGCCAGCUUAGAAGCAUAGUUAAAAGUUAGAUCAAAACUUUAAGAUUUAGACAGGAGAGGCUGGAAUCUGCAUGAGCUGCAUUUACAAUUUAAUUCCCCACACCAAUUUUGAAUAUAAUUUGAGAAUAGAUUAUAUGAUGUAAUAUUACUUGCUUCGUUUGGCAAAGAGUUCCAGAGCUUUGCUGCCUCAUAUCUAAAAGAUAUUGCUUUAUAUAUAUUCCAAUCAAAGUAGGAAAUUAACUUGAUUUCUUAUGUUAUGAAAUGACCAAUCAUAGAUAGUUCAUGCUGUAGACUAGUCAUUUGCAGCAAAUAAUUGGAUUGAGUAAUAAUAUUUCAGCAUUUCACAUGUGAACUUAUCUUCAAAUGAGCUAUGCAAAUAGGCUAGAAUUAGUACUUUUGUUUGUAUAUUGUUUUACGUCCCAAAUGAAAUUGAUCACUCAUAUUAAAACGUCACAAGCUUUAAAUAAAAAUAUUAUUUAAAUAAACAAGUAACACGAUCAUGGUCAAAUCGAAGUUUUGAUGAGAACAGUUGUACAUUUGAUAACAAAAAUCAAUAUUCAAUAUGAAAAGGUGAAGAAAACAAACGAUGAUCAAUCUCAUAACUUCUAAAAGGAAUACAAAAUUAAAAGUAGGGCAAACAAGGACCCCUGGACGUACCAGAGGUGGGAUUAGGUGCCUAAGAGGAAUAAGCGUCCCAUGCUGACCGGUCACACCCGUCGUGAUCCCCAUAUCUUGAUCAGAUAUAUGAAGCCAUCCGUAGACAAAAUCAGUAUAUACAACAACGGCCUAACAAUCGGUAUGAAACACAUCAGACGGCAUUUGAUCCAAUGACAGGUUGUAUUGGCAAACUAGAUAGUUAUAACGACCAUAGAAUUUGCGAAAUGCUGACUUUAAUCGGGACUGUUGAAUAUCCCGUGACAUCAACUUGUUUGUCGGUGGCUUGCCUCUAUCUAAGAACUGAUCAUAAGGACAACAAGCUCUUGCUUAUCGAAUCAUUUGAGAGACAUAAACGUCAUAUGCAGGUGAUGAUGGAAUAUUGCUACAUACAGGAAGUUGAAUCGACAUAUGAAUAAAAAUGAUUAUUGGUGAUGGAUAAAACUUCAUUGAUAUAUUUAAAUGUAAAGUUCACAGCAAGAGGUUUUUUUUUCCAUCUCAUGUAGCUUUUAAAUAAAUUCUGCCUCAUAAGAAUGUAAAAACAGGUCAUCUAAAAAGGAGCACAGUUCGUUCCAAAAGACUGUUCACCCAAGACUAUGAAAAAUGAGGAAUGUUACACCCCAAAUCAUCGCCGGCGACGAUUUAGGACGGGCGACGAUUUGGGGUUUCUUAUGUAACAUCCCAAAUUUUCGUCCGUCCUAAAUCGUCGCUGGCGACGAUUUGGGCAUAACCUCACAUCCAAAAUUGUCGUCCCCUUGCUGCAACUAUUUGGAAACAUCAUUUACAUAGAAACUGGCCCUGUUUGUUAACUCCUUUCCCUCUCCACCUCCCCCUUCUAUGGUCCAGCUAUGACCGCAAAGGUUCUCUGAACCCUAUAAGCAAGAUAUUUUAAUCUUCUACUUCGUCUUUUACUUGUUCUGUUGUAUAAUUUUUUAAAAAGAUUUAUUAUGAUCACAGUAUUUGUUAUUGUUGUUUUGGUUGGUAGUGGUGUUGUUACUAUUGAGAGAGUUGUAUUUGUUAUUGUUGUUUUGGUUGGUAGUGGUGUUGUUAGUAUUGAGAGAGUUGUAUUUGUUAUUGUUGUUUUGGUUGGUGGUGGUGUUGUUAGUAUUGAGAGAGUUGUAUUUGUUAUUGUUGUUUUGGUUGGUAGUGGUGUUGUUAGUAUUGAGAGAGUUGUAUUUGUUGUUGUUUUGGUUGGUGGUGGUGGUGUUACUAUUGAGAGAGUUGUAUUUGUUGUUGUUGUUUUGGUUGGUAGUGGUUUUGUUACUAUUGAGAGAGUUGUAUUUGUUAUUGUUGUUUUGGUUGGUAGUGGUGUUGUUAGUAUUGAGAGAGUUGUAUUUGUUAUUGUUGUUUUGGUUGGUGGUGGUGUUGUUAGUAUUGAGAGAGUUGUAUUUGUUAUUGUUGUUUUGGUUGGUAGUGGUGUUGUUACUAUUGAAAGAGUUAUAUUUGUUGUUGGUGGUGACGGUGCCAUUGUUGUCGAUCGAUCGAUCGAGAGGGAGAAAGAAAGAGAAAGAGAGAUUUCCGACAAUGAAUCAUUUUGCCUCUUGUUGUAGGGUCAUUCUGCUGAUCAUGGGGUUGUUAGGUCUUAUGCACCACAGGUGUGUUAGUGACCUCAGAUUAUAUUAGAUUACGCCUGUUAGCCACUGUUUGGACACUCUCCCACCGUUUGGACACUCGUGAAAACCUCGAGAAACAUUCAUCUUUCCUCUUUAUUUUUCAAAAUUUUGUUUGUUUGACAGUCAAAAUAGUUCGCUAUGACAGCUCUUGGCACUUUGAGUUCGCGAUCAAGAGAUUUCAUGUUACGGGAAUCACAUGCCAGGAACACAUGUAACCAACAUAUCUGUUCACAAACACCAGAGAUAUUGCAGAGUUGCUGAAAAUUGUACACAGCUCGCGGCGCUUUAAAUUCUCAUUCCAGAAUUAUCAUUUUUGGGGAGGCAUGUCAGAGGGUCACUUGUAAUCUACAUACAAAAUUUCAGCCCAAUAGCUUGAAUAGGUCGACAAACACCAGAUAUAUGAAUGUGGACGGACAAACAAACAGACCAAGUGAAACCACCCUUCCCGCAUACAAGAGAGGACAGAAUAAAAUAUAUUCUAUGUAAUCUAUCCCAAAAUAUUGGCGGGCGACGAUUUAGGACGGGCGACGAUUUGGGGUGUACUAUAGUGUAAAACUUAUAAGGUAGCAAUUUUGAUGCACCAGAUGCGCAUUUCGACAAAUACUGUCUCUUCAGUGAUGCUCAACCGAAAUGUUUGAAAUCCGAAAUAACAAUGAAAUUUUAGAGCUAUUAUAGUCAAAAACAGUGUGCCAAAAAAGUGGAGUCAAAUUCGUCUAAGGAUAAGAGCUAUGCAUGAGGGAGAUAAUCCUUAAUUUUGAAAUGAAUUUCUAAAUUUUAUAACAGCAAUUAAAUAUACAUCCGUGUUUUCAAGCUAGUAACGAAGUACUUAGCUACUGGGCUGUAGGGACCCUCGGGGACUAACAGUCCAGUACAUUCCAAAUCGUCGCCCCAAUGAUAGUGUAAUCUUGUCCCAAAUCGCCGCUUUGAGUAAGUAGGAUUACCAUAAUUAUGUGGAAUUAUUGCCAAGUUUGUUUAAAGUACAGUUGUAAUGAUGAGCCUUACAAACAAAGACAAUGUUGUUACAAGCUUUGUCAGCUGAAACCAAAACAUAGUCCUCGUGUAAUCUAUCUAAUUCUUUUAUCACUUAUGGUUUACUACACGCAGAUAGAUGGUACGUACUUCUGUUUUGAUAAUUUUCUUAUACUGUUUAUCCAUUCUGACAAGGUAGCAAGUUCUUUUUUAUAUUUAGCCAUUCGUCUGGAAUAAUCUUCGGCAGAACUCAUUAUAGAAAUGGAGUUCUGUUGCCAAUAUGUAAUCUUGUAUAAAAGUACAGAA